GCUGAAUUAAACUUAUCAAUUUAUUCAAGAAUAAAUUAGUAAUUCGGAGGCAAGAAUACGGAAAUAUUUUACGAAUAAAUAAACGCUUUCUUCUAAAUCAAUAAUCAUGUCACAACUCAAGACAGCAAAAAAGUUCAAGUGGGCUUUGGAUUUCAACCCAAAGAACAAAUCCCAGUCAGUGGAAUUGCCAUCUCCUCCUGGUUACAGCCAGUCUGCCAGCGCAAAUCAUACAGAAUCAUCAAAGGAUACGGAUUCCAACCAUCUACUAAUCAAGAAGUUGUGGGAUGUCGCACUGGGGCCCUUAAAGCAGGUGCCUAUGAACCUGUUUAUCAUGUACAUGGCUGGCAACUCCAUAUCCAUAUUCCCGAUAAUGAUGGUGGGUAUGUUGAUUGUGCGGCCCGUCAAGUCCCUGUUUCUCACACAAAGUACCUUCAAGAUGGUGGAAGGGACACAAGCAGCCGGGCAAAAGCUAGUCUUUAUCAUUGGAAACAUUGUGAAUAUUCUUCUUGCCUUGUACAAAUGUCAGAGCAUGGGGCUCUUGCCCACACAUUCUAGUGACUGGCUAGCAUUUGAGGAACCCCAGACAAGAGUAGAACAUAUUGGCGGGGGACUAUCAAUGCUAUAAAUUGAAGCACAUUUCAGUAAAUAUUAUUUAUUACUAAAUUAAAUUAUCAUUGUAUAACAAUAACUAAAAUAAAUCAUAUUUACAAAA